CACACACACACACACACACACACACACACAAAAACUGGACAGUGUUAGUCGACACUGCAUUUCUUCUCCUCAGUAGUCCCAACCAACUUGCCUAGGCCCCAACAACAUCACCGUUAUCACCAAAGUAAAUGUCCUAUCAAUCAUCAUCAUGGAUAUUAAAUACUGCCUCUAUAUUAAACCCCAAUCUGUUAUCUUCUUCCACUGAAAUUCACACUUGAAAGUAAACUAUCCAUCCCUAACAUUUUCUAUGCACGUUUAAAGUCUGAUCGAAAAUGGAAUCGGACACAAAAACCCGCUCUGCCACUGAAAUUGGGUCCAAAAUCAUCAACCCCAGAGCCGAAAUCGACACUUCGCUGCCGUUCGGGUCGGUUGAGGAGGCCGUCACCCAUUUUGGUGGCCGCGGUUCUUGGAACCCACAUCACUUUCUCCGACUAUCUUCUCAUCAUAAUGAGGUUGAGGAGUUUGACAUAGAAAAAGUGGAGGAAGAGGCAGCUGAGUUGGAGAAGAAUCUUAUUGUGAAAGAAAGGGAAACACUUGAUGUCUUGAAGAAACUGGAAGCGGCGAAAAGGAUUGUGGAAGUGUUGAAACAGAAGCUAGUGAAAGAAGGGUAUGAAUGCAUGGCAACCCCUGACUUAACUUCAGAUAGCCAAGGAUCAACACCUGAUGAUAAGUCCGCGGUGAGUGUCAGCUUGUAUCCUGCUCCGUCUUCCGGUUUAAUCUUAAUGGAGUUGAAUGAAGCAAAAUCAAACCUCGAUAGAACUACAAAUGAUCUUGCUGCUAUUCGAUCUUGUGUUGAGUCUCUAAAUAAGAAAGUGAUUCGAGAGAAAAUUAUGUCGGAGAAGAAUGAGAACAGGCAAAAACCAAAUUCUGCUGCAAGGGUGUUGUCUGUUGAAGAGAAGCUUAAUAGAGAAGGAGUGAAGCUGCAGAUAGCCAGUGACGAUGCAGAACCUAAAGGCGGUCCUUGGCAUUCUACAAAAGUUUCGAGGGAGCUCCAACAAUUGAAUUUUGAGUCUGACCAGUUUAGGAAUAUGGCGGAAGCUGCAAGAUAUGAGGUUAUGAAGGCAAUGUUGGAGAUUGAGCAAACGAAGACGAGCAUUACAAUGGUUGAAAUGAGGUUGAUUGCUGCCAAAAAGAUGGAGGAAGCAGCUAGAGCAGUCGAAGCUGUUGCUGCUGCUGAAAUGAAGGUUCGAUCAAACAACGAGAGCUCAUUUGGGGGUUUCAUGCAAAGGCCUGAGGGAAUCACUCUUUCAUAUGAAGAAUACUACACCCUUACCCAAGAAGCUCAAAAAGCUUAUGAACUUUCUAAGAACAGAGUAGUGGACACCACACGGCAUAUUGACGAAGAAGCACAUGUAUCUAAAGUUGGUACUCCACAGAAAUUGGAGGAAACAACCAAAGAAUUUACACAUGGAAAGAAGUCUCUAGGAGAAGCUCUCGGUAACAUUGAGGUUGGAAAUCGAAGAAAAGUUGUUGAUGAAGAGGGCUUUUAUAGAGGGAGAUCAGAGCAUGGUAAAAUGAGACACUCAGGGCAGAACCCUACCAAGUUCAAGUUCAAGAAUCCCUAUCCAUCUUACAGUCACCGGAAUUCUCAGCAGCUUGACGGGAAUGAAUCAGAUGUCUGCAAGGACAAAUCUGAGCCGGUUUUGAGGUCAACUAUUUCAAUUGGGGAUAUACUGAGCAGGAAGCUGAUUCUGCAAGAUGAUUUCGUGGUGGGAAAGCACAUGGAUGGUCAUACUGAUAGACAAGCGGUCUCUUUAAGUCAAAUGCUUCGCGAACAAAGUGGGCUUAUAUUUUCUUCUACAAAAGCUGUAAAGGAUGAAAGUGUUCACAAACAGUUCUUUGCACUAAGGAAGAAGUUUGGAUUUAUCCAUGUAUCAUUCCCCUCCGCGAAACAAAGUAAGAAAAAGGCGUGAGCUUUAGACCUGAGGUAACUUGGUUGAUAAACAAAUAGUUCCCGGUCAUGUUCUAACAUAUUCGUUUUUAUUUUACUUGUUGGAUUUAUGUUUGCUAGUUUAUGUUUCUGGCUUCAAGGUCUUGUUUUAGAUGCUUUCAUUGUAAUGGUGUUUUGUGAUUUAUUGAUUUAUAUAUAUUGUGCUGAGCCUUAA